AUAACCCUCUCUCCUCACAGAUCAUCCUUAUUCUCUUCAUCUGAUGAAGUUUUAUUGACCCAAAAGAGAAAACAAAAAAAGGAAAAAGGAAACAAAGAUCAUCCUAUUCUCUUAUCCUCUUGCCAUUGCAUCCAGUAAAUAGCGUGGCUUCUGUAGGUUUCUGUAUGCUCUUGAAGUUAUGUCUCUACAGCCCCGUGUUCAUCAUCUGGCCAAAAUCAUAAGCGACGCACCAAGUAAACUGGCACGACGUCUCCCAUCCAAAGUUAGAGAACUUUUAACAAAGAAAUGGGAAAGCAAACUUCUUUCAGCUUCAUUCUGGAACAAGAUAAUUGUAAUUUCAUGUGCUAUUGCAAUUUCCCUAGAUCCCUUGUUCUUAUACAUUCCAUUCAUCAAUGGGAAAAAGAAAUGUCUUGGAAUGGACAAAAAGUUGUGGACUGUGGCUCUGAUUUUGCGAUCUCUAACGGAUAUCACUUUCUUGGUGGAUAUUGGAUAUAAAAUCUAUGAAGGGAUUAAUAAAGCCUACAAGGAGAUCAACCAAGGGAAGGAGCAAUGGGAAUUGGAUUGGCAAACGACGUUAAUAAGAAGACAUGAGAUAAUUCCAUUUGCUAAGAAAAUAGCUUGGGAGUUGAAGUGGUGUUGUUUGGUGACUGACCUUCUCUCUGUUUUUCCCAUGCCACAACUUCUAGUAAAAGGUUUUUUCAAAAUGUGGUCGGGAUAUUCAAAACCGAGAAAGGCUGUCAACUUUUUUCUCCUCAGUCAGUAUCUGCCAAGAAUUUAUCGAAUUGUUUUAUCUUCUACCGAACUUACAAGGACCAUCGGAAUAUGGGUCAAAGCCCUAUUCAAUUUGUUUUUGUACAUUAUUGCUAGUCAUGUUAUUGGAGCCUUUUGGUACUUCUUUGCCAUUCAACGAGAGACCUUCUGUUGGCACCAGGCUUGUCAAAAUCAUACAAAUAUUGAGGGAUGCAUGGGUACCUUUUCUUGUGAUCAUCACAAUACUUCUACACCAAAUAUCACAUUUUUUGAUGAACAUUGCAAAAUAGAUGUUCCGGACAAUGCUGCUCCAUUUAAUUAUGGAAUAUUUCUUGAUUCCCUCAAGUCUGGUAAUGCGGAGCAUAUAAAUUUUCCAACAAAGUUAUGCUACUCUUUCUGGUGGGGUCUGAGAAAUUUGAGCAACUUUGGCACGAAUCUCGCAACAAGUAAUUAUGUGUGGGAAAACUUGUUUGCAAUUCUAAUUUCUGUCACUGGCAUGCUAUUAUUUAUAUAUCUCAUUGGAAAUAUUCAGACAUUCAUUCAGAUGAGAACCACACGAUCGGAGGAAAUUAGGAAGAAGAUUGAAUUAAAAAAAGGAGAUAUAGAGGAGUGGAUGAAGAAAUAUCAUAUUGAUGAUCAAAAGAAGGAUGAAAUCAUGAAAAACAUAAAUAAAAAAUUGGAAGAGGACAAAGAUUCUGAGCUGGAGAAUCUAUUCAAUGUUCUUCCCGGUUAUAUGAAAAAAUAUCUAAAGCAUCUUCUUUGCUUCAAAACUCUAUCACAAGUUGGACUCCUUAAACUUAUGAAUGACAAUGUGCUGAAAACGAUGUGCGACUAUAUGACGCCAGUGACGUACGCAGCAGGUCACAUGAUAUUUUCAGUGAAUGACCCAAUUGAUCGCAUGCUUCUUAUUAUAGAAGGAAAAGCAUUCACCUAUACAACUCCUAAUUCUAGCUUUGCACGUGGUGAAGAAACAACAGAAAAUUCUGGUGCUGCCCCAUUCCCAUCCCCAGAGGACGACGAGGGACUUGGAAAAGUUGUUUAUGGAGAAAACCUUCUGAAGUGGGCAUCCGCCAACAAACCUCGGUUUGAGGAUCUUCCUCUCGGGACCGAAAAUGUGAAAUGUCAUACAAAAGUAGAAGGUUUUACUCUCUCAGCCCAGGACUUGCUAAAGGUUGUCUCCGAACGCGAACAGUCGUGGAAGUUAUACUUUGGACAUUGA